AUGGAAAGACUCAACCAAACCAGCAGUGUCUCUGAAUUCAUCCUCCUGGGACUCUCCUCCCGGCCUGAGGACCAGAAGCCACUCUUCAUCCUCUUCCUCAUCAUAUACCUGGUCACCAUAACAGGGAACCUGCUCAUCAUCCUGGCCAUCCACUCUGACCCCCAACUGCACACCCCCAUGUAUUUUUUCUUGAGUGUCCUGUCUUUCACUGACAUUUGCUUCACAACAACCAUUGUCCCCAGGAUGCUGGUGAACUUCCUGUCACAUAAGACCAUCUCCUAUGCUGGGUGUCUGACCCAGAUGUAUUUUCUAUAUGCCUUGGGCAACACUGACAGUUGGCUUCUAGUAGUCAUGGCCUUUGACCGCUAUGUGGCCAUCUGUGACCCCUUCCAUUAUGUCACCACCAUGAGUCACUGCCGUUGUAUCUUGCUGGUGGCCUUCUCCUGUUCAUUGCCUCACUUCCACUCACUCCUACACACACUUCUGCUGAAUCAGCUCACCUUCUGUGACUCCAAUAUUAUUCAUCAUUUUCUCUGUGACCUCAGCCCCCUGAUGAAAUUAUCCUGCUCCCCCACAUUUGUCAAUGAAAUUGUGUUAAUGACAGAAGCAUCUGCCUUUUUGGUGACUCCUUUUCUAUGCAUUGCUUUUUCUUACAUACGGAUCCUCAUCACGGUUCUCAAAAUUCCCUCAACUUCUGGGAAACGCAAAGCCUUCUCCACAUGCGGCUCGCACCUCACUGUGGUAACACUCUUUUAUGGAAGCAUCUUCUAUGUCUAUCUGCAGCCUGUGUCCACCUACACCGUCAGGGACCACGUGGCUACAAUUGUCUACACAGUUCUGUCCUCCAUGCUCAAUCCUUUUAUCUACAGCCUAAGAAACAAAGACCUGAAUCAGGGUCUGAGGAAGCUGCUGGGCAGGAGGAAACCCCAGACAACACCCUCUUGA